UUUUAUAACACUGUUUACAUCUAAUCAAAAGUAUAUGGGAUUAGCAACCACCGGGAAAAAAAAUGAAGUUUCUAAACAUCUUAAGAAAAAGUAAACUGAUUGAUGUUACUAAUGAUUUCACUCCAAGAUCUUUAAAAACUAGCUCGAAUGGUGAUCUCCGGCUUCAAAAUCGCUCAAAAAGGGUUUCUUUCAAUUAACCACUUUAACUGAAAUAUGUUUUUCAAGUUAUUAUUACUGAUUUCUUUCAAUUAACCACUUUAACUGAUGUUCUCAAUUUGGCGGAGAGCUUGAUAUCGUCUACUCUUGGAAGACACAUUUUCAAAUGGCAUUUUCUCUUAAAACAAUUCAAGAUUGUAUAUGAAUCAUGAUGCACGCAACAUGUUUGAUGAAAUGUCUAAGAAAAAUCUGUUUUCUUGGACUUUGAUUAUCCUGUAGCAAAUAAAAACAGUGAAAAAACUGACAAAAACAGAACCCAAACUGUGGACAGUGGAGGAUCUGGUCAACAGAUUCUUUACUAAUAAUAGCAACUUAUAAUUUUCUACCAUUAAUAGUAGUAUGCAAAAAAAAAAUAAAAAUACAUUGCCCAUAUUGGAAAUGAAAUGUAAGUUCCCAUUUUAUAUAACAUUCUAUGUACCCUGACAUAAAUACUUGUACAUUUUCAUCUAACUUAAUACAGUAUGAAACUUGAAUAUUUAUAUUCUUUGAGUUUGUUGACACAAGCACAAAUUUACACAUUGUUACAGAUACUAGAGGAUAUCCCCCUAUUUGUAUCUUCAAUCUUAAUAUUCACAAUUAAUGCGUGAAUAUUAGUCAUUACUUGAGAAUUUGUAGAAAUCUUUGAAUUGAUAAUAAUUUCCCCUAAACAAGCAGAUUUUAAUAUUACGAUUAUGUCAAAUCUGUCACCUGUGGUAUUUAUAUAGCAUGCUCAUUUCCAAUUUCCAACUCCCACACAAAAAUACCAUAUUUCUACCGAUUCUUUGCUUGUUUGGCGAUGACUAGGCAGAAAGUGAAGCUUGCUUUCAUAACCAACGACUCAGCAAGGAAAGCAACAUACAAGAAAAGGAAGAAAGGUUUGAUGAAGAAGGUGAAUGAGUUGAGUACCUUAUGUGGCAUCGAUGCAUGUGCCAUCAUAUAUAGCCCAUAUGAAGCUCAACCCGAGAUAUGGCCCAACAACAUCGGUGUCCAGCAUGUGAUUGCUCGAUUUAAGAGGAUACCAGAGAUGGAGAGAAGCAAGAACAUGCUGAAUCAGGAGAGCUUCAUCAGGAAACAGGUGACAAAAUCUAAUGAGCAGCUGAAGAAGCAGAUGAAGGAGAAUCGGGAGAAGGAGAUGACUGAGGUCAUGUAUCAAUGUUUGACUGGAAAAGGUUCGAUUACAAAUUUGAGCCUCCCUGAUUUGAAUGAUCUAGGUGGAUUGGUGGAUCAAACCCUUAAACACAUUUCCAGAAGGAUUGAGUCCCUUAAAAAACCCGUUUCCGGUAAAGCACCAUCACCAACUGAGAUGCUUGCACUUGAGAAACGAUAUAUGACAGUGGAUAAUGUGAGUGGUUAUGUGGAUGGGAUGCAAAGGGGGACCCAAACACAAUGGUUUACAGAUUGGAUCAACAAUCCAUCUGAACAUAAUUUGGGUUUUGCUUCUGCAUAUUCCUUCACUCAAUUGGCUGAUAACCCUAAUCCUUUAUGUCCAAAUUCAUCUGAUCAAGAGAGUGUACAAGGUUCAAUUUGAUCCGGAUAGAUUCAAUGAAAAACUCAAAACUGACUUUGUUCCUUUUGUAACAGUUACUCUGUUUAUGUCCCCUGUUUUGUUUUGUUAGCUUAAAUUUAAUCAAUCCUACAGUUCUAAAAGUAUAACACCAGGUAACCGAAAGAAAUCAGUAUUCAUAAAUUGGAGACCAUAUUAUCUGCAAUGUAAACAAAUAUACUUUCACUAAAAAAUAAUCAACAUUAACAGGUGAGAAUUAUAAUAGAAUAGUAACAACAU